AUGGGCCCGAUAAAUAACUCCAAUCAUGACCUCAAUACAACUUCCUUCCUCAACCUCCCACCCGAACUCCGCCUCAAAAUCUACGAAUACGCCCUCACGGUACCAAACGACUACAUCGACAAACCCCUAAUCGUCAUAAACGACCGUGGCAACGUCUUCACAGUCCGUAAUCGCUACAAAGCCCUCUCAAUGUGUCCAAGCUGGGUCGGCGAAGACGGCACCGCACGCAAUAUCCUCGCAGUAUACCACCAGAUCCACGACGAAGCUGAGAACUAUCUGUACUCACAUCACACGCUAUUUUUCCGAAAUUCGUUCGAUCUAGUUCGGCUAGGGGAUUUUCUGGAUACACUUAGUCCCACGGCGCGGGGAUGUAUUCGUAGUGUGGGAUUCGAGGUUUAUUUAUUUGUGCAUACGCAGAUGGGUGUGCCAAAACGGACGCUUAAGCAGUAUGAGCGUGCGGCGAGAUUACUUUCUGUGAAGUUACCUGAGUGGAAUAAUGUUCUGUUCUAUCUUGAUCCGCGGUUUUAUUAUCCUGCUGCUGCGGCGGGAUGUCGAGAGCCUGCUGCGCGAGGUGUGUUGGAUCUCGCAGCGAAGUUUGGACCGCUGUGUAGGGAUAUUACUUUCUAUCCGUUGUCAACGAGUGAUUAUCGUCUUCUUUGGGAGGCGCAAUAG